AUGAAAAAGUGUUACAAGGGUGGGAAGUUAGGACAUUUGAUUGCUGAUUGCAAAGAGAAUAUGGUGACUUGCUACAACUAUGGUGAGCCAGGACAUAUCAUCACUCAUUUCGCGAAGCCUAAGCAAGCUUUAAGUGGAGGAAAGGUGUUCGCUCUGACGGGGACUCAGACUUCCAGUGAUGACAGGUUGAUCAGAGGUAUAUGUUAUAUUAAAAAUACGCCUUUGAUUGCUAUUAUUGAUAUUGGUCCUACCCAUUCUUUUAUUGUUGUUGACUGUGUGAAAAGGCUAGGCCUUAUUGUGUCUUCUAUGAGUGGAGAAAUCGUUAUCGAAACUCGUGCUAAGGGUUCGGUGACUACUACUUUAGUUUAUUUGAAUUGUCCUCUGAUAAUAUUUGAUAAAGAUUUUGGCAUUGAUCUUAUUUGCUUGCCGUUGGAGAAUAUUGAUGUUAUCUUAGGGAUAAACUAG